ACCGUUCACAGCGAAGCCAUAGUGUUAGAACUUAGAACCCCUAAAUGGCUAAAUCAGAAAUGUUGAAGAAGCAAAAGAUCGAAGGAGUUGAUCCGGCGGUGGUGUCUGUUCAGGAGGCGGACUCGGACUCCGACUCGGCCUCCGAUUUGGAACCGCGUUCCGGUGAAGAGAUGGAUUAUUCCUCCUCCUCCGAGGAGGAUCCAGAUGUCGUUGCACAGCGUCACAAACAGCAAAUUGCCUCGGUUGCGGAAGAAGCUCUGAAGCACUACAACUACAACCACCAGGGUGUAGAGUACGUGCUUGUGGAUUUCAUACUCAUCAAUGAUGUUCUUAUUCCUUCUGGAAUGUUCACCCACUCCAUGUUCACUGCUACGAAUCUCGUCUCGUCCUCCUCCUCCAUGGAAAGCAGCCCUCCCACUCCUAAGACGGUCGUCAUCGAUAAUAACGAUGGGUCCUCCUCCUCCUCCAUGGAGAGGACUCCUCCUACUCCUAAGAUGGUCAUUGUCAAUAAUGAUAGUGGCUCCUCGUCCUCGUCCUCUAUCCCCAUCGAAAGCACCCCUCCAACACCUCCUAAAACUGAACUGUUCUUUGCUGAGACAGCCCUAUACGAGGGCCAGGGGAUGAAGCUCACUGUACAUUCUUGCGUCAUCAUAGAUCCUUCUGGACCUGUUCCCCCCAAAAUUGGUUGCCACUAUUGUUCGACGUUCACCAAGCAACCUUUCUACCAUCCUCCCGAGGAGCAGUUGGAGUUUGGUAAGCGUAAUUGUAAGAAAGGUCUCAACUGCCACGAUGACAUAUUGACCUCCUCAGACGAAGAAUAUGACGUGCCCUGUUUGGUUCCUCCUCAUCUUCGAAGUAGAAAAAUUUAGAAUUGUGAUUGUGCAUAUUUAUAUGUAUCACGUUGUUUUUGUUUAUGCAUUUAUAACUUCAGUGUAGUUGUUGUAGUAGUACUAAUAACGGUUUAUAACUUAAGCAUAGUUGUAGUAGUAGUUUAAUUAAUGCGGAGACAAGACAUACGUGUGAUGGUUUUCAAGCUAGCUAGCCGCAAAGCAAGUCACUCUUUUGCGCCAUAUAUGAUACUUUUGAGCUUGUUAUCAAAAGAUAAAAGGCAGAAAAACCAGGGGUGCAGUAGUCCCCUAUAUAUUGUAGACAUGGCGUCUCUGUGUGUGGCUAGUUUUUUCUUUUAUACCUUUUUGAGCAUUUGAUAAUGGCAUCUCUUCGUUCUGCUUC